AUGACGCCCCUCGAACAAAUCCCUUGGAUCGCCGCCCUCCUCACCAACCCCUCCUACGAGACCUUCCCUCUCCCCUCACGCCCUCUCGAUCCCUCCGACGUCACCAACGACAAUCUCUUCUCCAAGGCUCUCAACACGCCCGACGCGAUCCCACACUGUAUUCUACAAGGUCGUUUGCCUGCUCCCCCUUCUCCAUCCACAGGACAACCCGAGAAACUGCGUCUGUUCGCCUCCUUGGGGGAAGAUGUCACGGGCCACCCGGGCGUGCUGCACGGAGGCGUAGUGGCUAGCUUGUUAGAUUCGGUAAUGGGGUUACUAAUGGCUUUUCGAGGCGAGGUCUGUAUGACUUCGUCGUUGAAUAUACGGUAUCGGCGGCCCGUCCCGGCGCCUGGGGCUGUCGUUGUGCAGUCAUGGGUGAAGGAGGAGCGGGCGGGGAGGUGGAUCGUGCUGGGGGAGGUUGUGGAUCAGACAGGGGAGGUUCUGGCUGGGGCGGAGGGGGUCUUUGUGGGCGUGAGAAGAAGGGAGAGUAGGGUUUGA